GGGGAGGGAGUGCAGGAGGGGAGGGCCCAGCACUUACUGCAGCUUCAGCACCAGCGCCAGCCAUGGCCUCGCUCGUGAAGAAAAUAAUCAGCACUACUAAGGCCCCUGCGCUGGGUCCCUACAGCCAAGCCGUGCUGGUGGACCGGACGAUGUACAUUGCAGGACAGAUAGGGCUGGAACCUUCCACUGGGCAGCUUGUCUCUGGAGGGGCAAAGGAGGAAGCCAAGCAGGCUCUAAAAAACAUGGGAGAAAUCCUGAAAGCUGCAGGCUGUGACUAUGGCAAUGUUGUGAAGACUACGGUUUUGAUGGCAGACAUGAAGGACUACAAUGAUAUUAAUGAUGUUUACAAACAAUUUUUCAAGGCAAACUUCCCAGCCAGAGCAGCCUAUCAAGUUGCUGCUUUGCCCAGAGGGGCCAGAGUUGAGAUUGAAGCUAUUGCCAUUAAGGGACCUCUCCAAGAUGCUUCAGCAUGACUAUAAGUGGAGACUGGACAUCUUACAAUGACAGUUUUCAUUUAGUUAAUACUUCUCCCUUAUAACAAAUUCCUACAGCUGACUAACAGCAGUUACACACAGUUGAAAUCAGUUAGCUUACUGAGGAAAGGUGCUUCCUUCAGGAUUCACAGUGAGUUCUCUGCUGGCAAAUCCUGGAAAGUGCCUGAGUCCUGCUACAAUCAGCUGAGCCAGAUUGCAGGACAGGACUGCCCUUUGUGGAGGUGACUGGAUAUUCAGGCAUUAGGGUACAUAACUGUGUGAAUAUAUUACAGUUAUACUAUGGGUGAUCUGGACAUGGAAAACUAUAGUGAUUUGUAAUAGUAGGUUUUUAGUAACAAUUUCAAAUCAGAAAAAUGACAGAAAUGAGAAAACAGAGCACUUGAAUUGCUUAGCAUACCUCUUCACUGCUGAGGAGUUUUACUCUAUUUGCUUCUGAAUUUUCUUAACCUCAUUCUUUACAUAACAGAUUACUGUUGGGAUUCAGAUUUUUUCAUACCUAAGCAAUUCCUUAAGAAAGUUAAUAUUAAUUUCAGAAAGAAGAAAAUUACACUUUUCUGAAGUGGUACCUUUAUAAAUCAGAUGAAAAUUACUUAAUCUACCUGUAACCUUUUUCGUAAUCUUUUUCAUAUCAUUUCAACUUUGACUAUGUUUUGAUUAAAAAAAAAAA